UUAUUUAUGCUGUAAUUUUGAAAUUAUUUUUUUUUUACCAUACGAAAUUACAUGAAUAACUAGUUUAUACUUAUCAUAGGACCAGAGGAAACAAGGGAAUCCAAGCAAUGCCAAAACUAAACCUCAGUUCUCAAGUAAAUUAAAAACCCUUCCAAAGAAUCCACAUGACUUCAUCCCCUUCAUUUCUCUUGGGUGGGGUUUUCUUCUGAGAAACAUAUAAAUAGCAAAAAGAUUUUGCUGAAUUAAAAUUAAUGUACAGAACUUUUUAUCUUUGUUAACUAUUAGUUGUAUCGUAGGAAAGAAAGAGAUAUGGGGGGAGGAAAAAUUAUUGGGAUGGUGAUGUUUGUGGCUGUGGUUGUAUCAGCAGCAGCAGGUUAUGGUGAUAAUCAGCAGCUGCAGCAGCAGCAGAAAUGGUGGAAAUGGAUGUCUACUGGUUCUGCAGCGUCUUCAUCAGUGGUCAAACCAGUUGUCUCUUCUUCAAUUGUCCUACCACUCUAUGGUAAUGUCUAUCCCAUUGGUUAUUACUAUGUUCAGCUCAAUAUAGGACAGCCUUCAAAGCCGUAUUUUCUUGAUCCUGACACCGGCAGCGAUCUCACAUGGCUGCAAUGUGAUGCUCCCUGUGUUCGCUGCACAAGAGCGCCUCAUCCAUUCUACAAACCAAACAAUGACCUCGUGCCGUGCAAGGACCCCCUCUGUGCCUCCUUGCAUCAUGUUGAUUACAAAUGUGAGAGUCCAGAACAAUGUGACUAUCAGGUUGACUAUGCUGAUGGAGGUUCAUCGCUAGGUGUCCUACUUAAUGAUGUGUUUCACUUCAACGGGACAAGUGAUGCUCGGAUAAUACCUCGUUUGGCUCUAGGGUGUGGAUAUGAUCAGUUACCUGGUCAAUCUCAUCAUCCUUUAGAUGGAGUGCUUGGGCUUGGGAAAGGAAAAGCCAGCAUUGUGUCUCAGCUUCACAGCAAGGGUCUGGUGCGGAAUGUGGUAGGCCAUUGCUUGAGUGGCAGAGGAGGAGGUUUUCUCUUCUUUGGAGAUGAGGUCUAUGAUUCCUCACGCAUCGUCUGGACUCCUAUGGUGCACGAUCGCAUGAAGCACUAUUCAGCAGGAUCUGGAGAACUCAUAUUUGGUGGUAAAGCCACAGGAUUCAAGAACCUUUUUGUAGUCUUUGACAGUGGAAGUUCCUUCAGCUACCUAAACUCACAAACAUACCAAGGCUUCAUUUCAUUGUUGAAAAAAGAACUGAAUGGGAAGCCACUAAAAGAAGCAAAUGAUGACUAUACACUCCCAUUGUGCUGGAAGGGCAGGAGACCUUUCAAAACCAUAAAUGAUGUGAAGAAAUACUUCAAGAACUUCGCACUUAGCUUUCCCCAUGGAUGGAAAUCCAAAGCUCAUUUUGAAAUUCCCCCUGAAUCAUAUCUUAUUAUCUCAUCAAAGGGCAGUGUCUGCUUGGGGGUUCUAAAUGGUACUGAAGCCGGCCUGCAAAAUGUCAACCUUAUUGGAGAUAUAUCAAUGCAAGAUAAAAUGGUGAUCUAUGACAAUGAGAAGCAAGCAAUAGGUUGGAGCCCAGCAAAUUGUGACCGGCCACCAAAGUCGAAUAACAUGAUAAUGUAAUCAAGCUAAGACUAAUAUUUUAUUCUUCGGUUUGUGUUACCUUUUCAUUUUUAUCAUUCUAUUGGCAUAUGCUUUCAUCAAGAAAUGGGGAAUAAUAAUAAUAAGUAUCCCUUUUGUA